ACUAUUACCGAUAAGCAAGUUUAUGUGGAUAAAACCAUACACUAUUUGAUAUCAACUAAACAUCCUAAAUAUUCUGUUGUGAGUGCUUUUGAGGAAGAUUUUCAUAAUCUGCUUGGGAUGAAAGGCUUCAAAUAUAUUUAUAAAAGAGGUAAGUUAUGGAGAACUUGGAGAGAAGUGGAAGAUGAGUCGUUGAAGAAGAAGAAGAUACUUAUAUACAGAGCUGAAAAUAAUGAGGAUCGGACUUGUGCAGAAUGUCACAAUCGAGGUUAUUGGGCUUUAGAAGUGGAGCCAGUGCAAUGCCCUUACGAAAUAUUUUCAAUGAAGAAUGCGAAUAAUGUGUGCGUAACAGAUGUUAAGCAUUUUGCCAAAGGUAAACAAUGCACGAAGUAUACCAGGUUAAAAACCUUGAAGAACAAUUGCAAUAAUCCUAUAAUUACAAAAUGGCGAUUUACCAAAACAUAUGACAUUCUUGAACGAAAUCUGCCAGAGUCGAGCGCGAUAUGUCAAGGGCGGGAAAAAUGCGAAGUUACGACUAUCUAUCAGUUCCAACCCCAUCAAAUAAUAUUCCGCGUAGUGGACGAAAAAAAUUUAAUAAUUUAUUCAAGGGUAAUGAGAAAGAACGAGAAAAACUUCGCUUGCGUAGACAAUUGUGGUUAUUUCGAUAUUGACAACAUGUUAGUCCAAAAGACACCAGUAACUAUUUCAAAAAAACUCAAUGCUGUUAAAGAUCAUCAUACCUACGAGCAAAGUACUUGCAACUCUCCUAAUGAAGAAACCACACAAAAACUUCAAUUCAUAGAAGAACAACCUAUAAUAAAUUGGAAAUCACACGAGUUUAAAUUUAAUAAUACAGUAAAUCAAAGAUACGUAAGUGCAACUAAACAGGCGAGCGAACCUGUCACUAAUGAUAAUAAAGAAAUACCUAUAGCAAGAUCUGGCCGUAGAGUUAGUAUAAAUAGUGACAUAAAUAAUAAUUUCCUGGAUGAUAUUACCAAAGUUGAUUGUACAACAAAAUUGCAAUGCAGGAAUAUUAUUAAAGAUGGCGAUUGUUAUGAUGAUGACAGUGGUAACGCUUAUUACAAUGAUGAUGAGGAAAAGGAAAUAAAUAUUGAUAAUUACUAAAUAUUUUUUGGAGACUCGUCACGAUUUCUCCUAAUUGAGAGUCAUGUAGACUCUGCAUAACCAAAGCUCCACAUAAUUUUCAUUACUGCCGAACGGAAUGGAAGCCAAUUAUUGUAGUCGUAGCAUAAUGAACCAAUUACGUGUAUGAUACAAACUGUAAGAUAUUAUGUAACGUGUCCAAUCUUUCCAUACUUCGCCCGCUGUCCCCAAAAUACUUAAAUGUGUCCCGCAUUGUGACAAUAAAAACGUCCCAAACUAGGAAAUUCCCUGUACCUAUCUUCUAUGACUGUUAGAGCAACGGAAUUUACUCUGGGACACUUCGCAGAACACAAUCAGACCACACAGACUAGAACCAAUUUAGAAAAGUCCAUUUCCCAAAUUGGUGCUACCGGGAAUCGAACCCGGAACCUCCGCAUCUAACGCCCACCGACCUCGGUGGCCUAACGGUUUAUGUUUAUAUAUGGCACGAAAGCGGUAAUAUUUCUAAAGCCAGCCCACCAGUAGGGCUAGCACGACCCGAGAGAGCUCUAUUCGAGGUGUCGCUCUCGCGCAAGUCGCGCCCUGUUUUCUUUUUUAUUAUUAUUAAACAUUUCGUAACAUCAUAAACAUGCGUUUUAUUUUUGAAACAAUUGC